AUGGCGAUCGAGAGUCGGGCGACGCAGAUUGCUGCCAUCGGUUAUACUUUUGUAGUCCUCUCGUCGAUUGCGACAUGUCUUCGCGUCUACUGCCGAGGAUGGAUUGUCAAGGCGUUUGGCGCAGAUGAUUGGCUUGCCCUCAUUGCCCAGUUUAUGUUUAUCGUCUUUUGCUCCUAUGAGAUCACUGGUGUCCGAUACGGAACUGGACGUCACUUCAAGGACAUCGAGCCGGAGAAUAUCCCCAGAGCGAUGCAGAUGUGGUGGACAUGCGAACCAACCUACGUCUUGACCAACAUGGCCAUCAAGGCCAGUAUCGCUAUCUUCUUGUUGCGAAUUUGCAUUACACGUACGCACAAGAUUAUCAUCUGGACCAUCACUGGAAUCACAGAAAUCUACAGCUUGUUUUUCUUCCUGCUGUUCGUCUUGCAAUGUCGACCUACAUCACUCUUCUGGCUCCGAUAUACUAGCAAUCCUCCCGGAGGUAGCUGCUUGGACGCCUCAGUGGUUGCCAAGGCCUUCUAUGCUUACUCCGCUAUCAGUUGUUUGUCGGAUUGGACCUACAGUUUGCUACCCAUUGCCCUGGUUUACAACCUUCAAAUGAGCAAGAGAACAAAGAUUUCUGUCGUCGGUAUUCUGGCUGCAGGUGCUAUUGCCUCUAGUGCCACCAUCAUCCGCUUCCCUUACCUCUACUCCCUCACGGACAUCGACGACUUCCUAUACUCUACCUCAGAUGUCGCUAUCUGGUCCACUGUCGAGACUGGUCUUGGCAUCACUGCCUCAGCCGUCGCAACACUCCGACCCCUCCUCCGUAACUUCCUUGGUCACGGAUCAUCUGCCGACGGACAGGGAAACUCAGCCAGGCCUUGGCAGCGUACAGGUAGCAAUCACCCAACAGGAGGUUACCUUCGCAGCCACGGCCAGAACGGCGAGGAGGUCUUUGAUCUUCACGACAACGCUGGCAAGCGUAUUGGAGUCACCACCAUCAUCGACCACGACGACAAGUCAGAUGGCAAUGCCGAAACAGCUAAGCAUGGAAGUCGAUCAGAAGCUUCUGACUCUGUUGCAGAGCUGCAUGGCUGGAAUAGCAGCCAGUCAGAUCUGGCCGAUGCAAAUGGCCAACCACGCGCCCAAAAAGGAUGGAAUGUGUUGGUCAAGAAGACUGUCGUCCAAACUCGAGGAUCAGACCUCGCAUAA